AUGCCACCCCGAGCCCCCCUCCCGCGUAGCCUGCACCUCCCUACGGGCCCAAAGCCCAAGGUGACACCGCGCAAGCCGCACCUGUCAAAGCUGCACCUCGACAGCGCGCUGCUCGCCCCCGCGGCCGAGAGCCUCCCGUUCAGCAGCGCGCCGCCGUUCGUGCCCCCCGCCGCGCCGCAGAUCCCCCCGCGCCGCCGGCCAGCAUUCAGCCCCGGAGGCUUCGGCCUGACGUCCCGCGAGGCGCCGAAGGCCACAGAUAUCCUCGGCCUCGGGCGACGACGAAAGCCCGUCGAGGCCGCCACGGGCGACUCGAAGACCGAGGCUGAGAUUGAGCGCCGGAGGGCCGAGAUCGCAAAGGACGAGGCGGCGCAGGAGGGGUCCAAGCCUGAGGGCGAGGCCGAGGCUUGCUAUGUUCCCCCACCCACCACUCUUCACUACCACUCACCUGGGCCCCUGCCGCUCGUCUACUCGGACACGCCUCUGCCCCCGCACCAGCUCGCAUACGAAACCUGGGGCACGCUCAACGAGGCGCGCGACAACGCCAUCAUCCUGCACACUGGCCUGUCGGCCUCGUCGCACGUCGCAAGCGGCGGCAACGACGUCGCGCACGCGACCUCGUCCAAGCCCGGCUGGUGGGAGGACUUUGUGGGGCCUGACAAGCCGAUUGACACGAACCGCUUCUUUGUCAUCUGCACCAACGUCCUCGGCGGGUGCUUUGGCUCGACGGGCCCGUCGAGCCCGUACCCGCCCGGAGACGGGCAGGUGCGCUGGGCGACGCGCUUCCCCAUGCUCUCGAUCCACGACAUGACGCGCGCGCAGCUCGGCCUGCUCGACUACCUCGGCAUCGACAAGCUGUACGCCUGUAUCGGCAGCAGCAUGGGCGGCAUGUCGAGCCUGUCCAUGACGUACCUCGCGCCCGAGCGCGUCGGCCGCGUCGCGUCCAUCUCGGCCACGGGCCGCUCGGGCCUCAACGGCGUAGGCAUGCGAUACGCCCAGCGCUCAGUGCUCAUGGCCGACCCGAACUGGAACCGCGGUUUCUACUACGACGGCAUCCCGCCGCACGAGGGCAUGAAGCUGGCAAGGCAGAUUGCCACGAUCACGUACAGGUCUGGACCGGAAUGGGAGCAGCGGUUCGGCCGCCGCAUGCUCAGCGAGGAGCAGGACGGCGGGCCGGGCACGCCGCGCCUGUCGCCCGACUUCCUCAUCGAGACGUACCUCGACCACCAGGGCGAGCGCUUCUGCCUGACAUAUGACGCCAACUCGCUCAUCUACCUGUCGAAAGCGAUGGACCUGUUUGAUAUGACGGCGCCGGCGCUCGAGCAGCUCGCAAAGCAGUACAACGAGCGGUAUCCCGACGCGGCGCCGUUCCCGCUGCCGUCUGACCCGCCGGCGGUGAGCGCGGCCGACAACUCGCCGCGACCAGGCAGCGUGCCGAUCCCCGAGGAGUCGAGCGCGACGAAGAAGGCAAAGGAGCGCUUCAUCCCCACGUCCAAGUCGGUACACCUCCCCGAGCUGGCGGCGGGCCUCAAGCGCCUCAAGGACAUCCCGGCGCUCAUCCUCGGCGUGCAGAGCGACGUGCUCUUCAACGUCGAGCAGCAGCGCGAGCUGGCCGACGCGCUCAAGCUCGCGGGUAACCGCAAGGUGGCGUACUAUGAGCUCGGCGGCGUGUGGGGCCACGACACGUUCUUGCUGGACGUGCAGUCUGUCGGCGGCGCGAUCAGGGGCUUCUUGAUGUAAACACGGGUGGAAGUGAAGACAAAACGCCCAAGGGCGACAAUAGUUGUAUACUACUAGGCUCAGAGCCAUGCAUGUAUGAGC